CGCCGGAAGUCGCUGACCGCUGUUCUCGCGGAGCUCAGAAGCGCCUCUGGCUUCCUUCGCGCUUCCCCCCCACCCGGUGCGGACGCGAAGGAGACCCGUCCGGCGGCCCGUUGCCAUGGUGUUCUACUUCACGUCCAACGUUGUUCCUGGCGCUGCAUACACAAUUUACAUGGGAAAAGAUAAAUAUGAAAAUGAAGACCUAAUAAAACAUGGCUGGCCGGAAGAUGUUUGGUUCCAUGUGGACAAGCUCUCCUCUGCCCAUGUGUACCUCCGGCUGCACAAGGGGCAGACGAUGGAUGACAUCCCAAGGGAGGUUUUGAUAGAUUGCGCCCACCUGGUGAAAGCCAACAGCAUUCAAGGCUGCAAAAUGAAUAAUGUCAACAUUGUGUACACUUCAUGGGCCAACUUAAAGAAGACGGCAGAAAUGGACGUGGGGCAGAUCGGGUUUCAUCGCCAGAAGGAUGUGAAGAUUGUCACGGUGGAGAAGAGGGUGAAUGAGAUCCUGAACCGGCUGGAGAAGACCAAAGUGGAGCGCUUCCCGGACCUGGCUGCUGAGAAGGAAUCCCGCGACCGGGAGGAGAGGAACGAGAAGAAAGCCCAGAUCCAGGAGAUGAAGCGGAAAGAGAAGGAGGAGGUGAAGAAGAAGAAAGAGAUGGAAGAGCUCAGGAGUUACUCUUCCUUAAUGAAGGCGGAAAACAUGUCCUCCAACCAGGACGGCAACGACUCAGAUGAAUUCAUGUAAAGCAAGGCACCCUCCUCUUGGACAAUGAAGAUGGACCUGAGCUCUUUGCUGUCGGUGCCAAAAAUAAGCAAGCAAACUCGGGAGUCUCUGCGCCCGUUUCAUCAUUCUGGCUGGCGUCUGGGAGGAGGUGGGCGGCUCUCCUUCCUGGACUGAGCAUCCCGGCAGGUGCUCUGUGGCUGCCACCUUCCAAUUCCAGAGCCGCUCAGAGGCGUGCACCUUUCCAGGGGAACUUGGGGAGGUGGUGGCGGCUGUGGCUUUUCAUGCCCGAAGCCUCCUGAGGACCUUUGAAUCGGAGUCUGUGACCUGUUGGGGACGUCUUCAUUUCACAGUGUUUGGGUUUAGGGUAUUUUUUUUUUAAAGUGAUGGGUUUGUGGUCCCCCUCCUCCCUUUGGGCGAGUGCAACUGUGUCAAGAGUCUGGUUCUCUCUUUAAACUCUGUAGGAAUCUGCUCAGCGCAGCUGCAUCGCCUGUGCUGUAAAACGCUUGCCUGGAUCUCGAGAGCAUCACUCAUUUGAGCAGUCAUGUAACCGGGGGGGGGGGGGAGGGAUGGGACAGGACUUCCAUUCCGGGGCCCCACAAAGCUCACUGCCCCUGUUCAAGCAAAACUGGACUUCCAUGUGAUCUCUGUGCAGCCCACUAGUGCCCUGAGUGAGGCUGGCUGUCGGAUCAUCCCAGGUUCUCUGGUGGCAGAAUUGCACCUCUCCACCCUCGGCUACCAGCAGUUCCCGUGUGAGGGACUCCUUGCUUGCUUCUCUUCUGUCUGUUCCCCUAGUAGUAGCAGCUGCUCAGGAAAAGCUCUCCUUUGACGGAUCCCUCCAUAACAAACUUUAACCGCCCCUUUUUUCAGUCUUUUUUUUUUAAAAAAAAGGCUGGCAACGAGAUUCUCCCUCAGUAUGCUCUCUUUCUGCAGUUAGGCAAUCUGUUGGUUUCUCUGUGUCUUUUCCACGCCCCCGCCUGCGUUUUGGCUUUUUCUCUCCUCCACUUCUCAUCCUCAGCGUCUCCUUUGCAAAGCUUGGGGUUGCAGAGGGGGUGUCCCUCCGGCCAGCAGGGCUCACAGCUGUAUGGUUCGCCUCAGUGGGGAAGCUUGCAAGAUGCAGUCCUUGAAAUUUCUCAAGCAGGGGCAUCACAGGUCCUCUCUGACGUUUUUCAAAGCGGAGAAGCAGCUGCUUUUUAAGACCAGACAGGGAAGCCUCAGAUUGUGGGGGUUGAGUUCCCAGUUCCUCCAACAGCAUCGGUGAGAGUGCAGAAGAGCACAGGACAGCCCUUGUCCCCUCCAGAGGCUCGAAGUUCCUACCACAAGACCUGACUCCCAGGCUUCCCAGAAAACGCCUUUCACGUUGCCCUGGGGUCAGGACCAACCAUAUGCUCCUGCUACCCCAUCAGGGACCUUAGAUGAAGAAGCGCCAACCUCAGCCUAGGCCAGCUCUCCCCAACAUGAUGCCCUCUUGAUGUUUUGGAUUAUGGUUCUAGUCAAGCGGCCAUGCUGGGUGGACUUUGUGGGCCAAACGUUUGGGGGCGUCAGGUUGGGGAGAGUCUGGCCUAGGGCUUCCCCUAACACCUCCAUCAUGUCUACAGAUCAGCGCUCUGCCUGUCCUCAAGAACGACUCUAGAGGAGGUUAAGUGCGUAUGUCUGAACCUUCACACGUGUGCAGUCUGCAUGAGAGGCUCAGCAUGCCCUUCUGUGAGAAAUGGGAUCUUUGGCGCAGAGUUAACACACAUUGCUUGAAUGUGUGCCUGUUGCUGCAACCCUGAUGCCUAAUAAAAAAAACUUGCACACCAAGAGCUAAUGGACGAGUGAUUGGUUUAUUUGCAAGGAAAAGGUAGUGUGCAUGCUACAAUCCAUUGUGUAAUUUAUAGUGCAAAGAUAGAUGCAGGCGGCAGUUUUAAUGCUCGUCCAUUCACAUUCCUGGCUUAAAGGUAACAGAUCCCGGAGUUCCAAGAAACAGAAAGUGAGCAUAACAUUCAUAAGAACCACAGAAAAGCUUGCUGGGUCAGGCCAAAGGGAGCCCAGCAUCCUGUUCUCACAGUGACCAACCAGAUGCCUGUGGGGAACCCAAAAGCAGGAUCUGAGCCCCAAAACCCCCUCCUGUCCUGUGGCUUCUAGCAACUGGUACCCAGAAGCACCACAGCCUCCUCCCGUGCUGGCAUUGCACGUCUGGUGUGGCUAAGAGCCAUCAAUAGCCCCCUUGUCCCUGAAUUUGUCUAAUCUCUUUGGUGGGGUAGAAUUUUCCAUUAUUUCGUGGUGUUAUGUAUAUGAAACAGGGAGAACAAUUGCAGCAACAGACGAACGUUAAAGGAUGAAAAACAAUAAAAAUAGG